AUGGGCACUACAGCAUACCACGAACAUGACGAUCGAGAAAAAGGAGAUAUGAUCGAACCUCAGGUAGUACCUCAUGCACCUGAUGAGCCUGUCAUCCACACUAAAGAUCUCGAUGCUAUCAAAGACAAGAAUUACGAUGUCGGAGCUGAAUAUUUCGCUGAGUUGGCCCAACGAGCCGAUGCACAUGAGAUCAUGGCUCCCUGGACAGAAGCAGAGGAGAAAGCUGUGCUUAGAAAACUCGACAUGAUCGUUUUGCCUCUCGUUACCAUGUCCUUGAUGAUGGGCGGUAUUGACAAGGUGAUUUUGGGUACCUCCGCGAGCUUCGGUCUCAGAACGGACUUGCAUUUGGUCGGACAACAAUAUUCGUGGAGUUCUUCCAUUAUUUUCUUCGGUUCCAUCUUAACUGUUUUCCCGCAAUCAUGGCUUAUCCAAAAGCUUCCUACUGGAAAGGUUUUCUCUUUCAAUGUGUUCAUGUUUGGUAUUAUGACUUUUGCCACUAUGGGUGUUAAGAAUGCUGGCGGUCUCCAAGCUGUUCGUUUCAUCCUAGGUAUGUUUGAGGGUAUGAACACUUCGGGAGCUGGUCUUGUGAUCGGUAUGUGGUGGAAGAAAGAGGAACAAGGUGUCCGAACUGUCAUUGUAUUCAACACCCUCUCUUCUGUUGUCAAUGGAUUGUUAUCAUAUGCUGUUCAAUUUUACACUCCAACCGCUCAUUUAUCCAGAUGGCAACUGUUGUUCUUGAUCACUGCGUGCAUCUCCGUCACCUUUGGUAUUUUGGAUUGGAUCUUCUUCCCUUCAAACCCAACCAGAGCUUGGUGGUUGACGGAGAGGCAAAGAUACAUCGCUGUGGCUAGAUUGGCGGGUAAUCAAACGGGUAUGGUCAACACUCACACUAAAUGGGAUCAAGUCAAAGAGGCUUUACUCGAUAUUCGAACUUGGUUAUAUUUCCUUAUAUCAAUCACUUUGAACAUUCCCAAUGGUGGUCUGAGUGGAUUUUACUCUAUCGUAGUUGCAGGUCUCCAUUUCAGUACCAAGCAAUUGACUCUCAUGAACAUGCCGACUGGACCUAUCGGAUGGUUCGCAGCCUUCUUCUGGGUUUGGCUCGCCAAGCGAACUCGUCAACCUCUUCUCUGUGCAAUGGGUUCAGUUAUAGUCUGUUUAAUCGGCACGGUGGUCCUCAAGGUUGUUCCACACAGCAACAUCGGCGGAUCCUUAGCUGGUUUAUACAUCGUUUAUAUGUACUGGGCUCCCUACAUGGUAUUCGGCCAGCUAAUCAUGUAUCACAACGUCGGAGGAACCACAAAGAAGGUAGCUGUCUUUGGAAUCUCAUAUUUAGGUUACGCUGUAGGGAAUUUAGUGGGACCUCAAUCCUUCCGAGCUAAAGAAGAUCCUUCAUACCCAACCGCCUAUACCGUAAUGUUAACUGGAUAUUGCGUCUGUAUGGGUCUCUUGUCCCUCUAUGGGUUCUUGUGCUGGAGGGAUAACAAGAAGAAGGUCAUCCAAGAACAAGAAUACAUGAGCGCUUUGGAUGGUCAAGAGGAAGAUAUCGGUGCGGAAUGGAAAGAUCUCACUGAUAAACAGAACCCUAAAUUUAGACAUACCUACUAG